GCGCGGGGGUGGCAGCACGUGCCGGGGGCGAGAGCAGAGACCGCAGCUAUGGCGUCGUUACUUUGGGGAGGCGACGCUGGGGCGGCGGAGAGCGAGCGGCUGAACAGCCACGAAGAACCUUCGUGGUAUUAGGAGUACCACAGUCCCAAACAUAGACGGCUCUCUUAACACGGAAGAAGAUGAUGACGAAGACGAUGUAGUGGAUUUGGCAGCCAAUUCACUCUUAAACAAGUUAAUCCGCCAGUCCUUAGUAGAAUCCAGCCACCGAGUGGAAGUCUUACAAAAGGAUCCCAGCUCUCCACUCUACUCGGUGAAAACAUUUGAAGAGCUACGACUAAAGGAAGAGUUACUAAAAGGGAUUUAUGCAAUGGGAUUUAACCGACCAUCCAAAAUCCAAGAGAUGGCCCUCCCCAUGAUGCUCGCACAUCCUCCCCAGAACCUCAUAGCACAGAGCCAGUCCGGCACAGGAAAAACCGCUGCCUUUGUCUUAGCGAUGCUAAGCAGAGUGAAUGCCUUGGAAUUGUUUCCACAGUGCCUCUGCCUGGCUCCCACCUAUGAACUGGCUCUGCAGACCGGCCGCGUGGUUGAAAGAAUGGGGAAAUUCUGUGUGGAUGUUGAAGUGAUGUACGCCAUUCGAGGAAACCGAAUUCCUAGGGGCACCGACGUCACCAAACAGAUUGUCAUCGGCACUCCUGGGACUGUCCUAGACUGGUGCUUCAAGCGGAAACUGAUUGACUUGACAAAGAUCCGUGUGUUUGUCCUGGAUGAAGCAGAUGUGAUGAUUGACACCCAAGGAUUCUCCGAUCAGAGCAUCCGUAUCCAAAGAGCUUUACCCUCUGAAUGCCAGAUGCUCCUCUUUUCAGCAACCUUUGAGGACUCUGUGUGGCAGUUUGCUGAACGAAUCAUUCCUGACCCCAAUGUUAUCAAGUUGCGAAAAGAGGAACUGACCCUGAACAACAUCCGGCAGUAUUACGUGUUGUGUGAGAACAGGAAAGACAAAUACCAAGCCCUCUGUAAUAUCUACGGUGGCAUCACCAUUGGCCAAGCCAUCAUCUUCUGCCAGACGCGUCGGAAUGCCAAGUGGCUGACAGUGGAGAUGAUGCAGGAUGGCCACCAGGUGUCCCUGCUAAGUGGAGAACUCACGGUGGAGCAGCGGGCUUCCAUCAUUCAGAGGUUCCGAGAUGGCAAAGAGAAGGUUCUCAUAACAACCAAUGUCUGUGCUCGAGGAAUCGAUGUGAAGCAGGUCACCAUCGUUGUGAACUUUGACCUCCCUGUAAACCAGUCAGAAGAGCCAGACUAUGAGACCUACCUCCACCGUAUAGGGCGGACGGGACGCUUUGGGAAAAAAGGUCUCGCCUUCAACAUGAUUGAAGUGGAUAAGCUGCCCCUGCUCAUGAAAAUACAAGACCACUUCAAUAGCAGUAUUAAGCAGCUGGACCCAGAAGACAUGGAUGAGAUUGAAAAGAUCGAAUAUUGAAGAGAGAGAGGCCUUUGUUGUUUGUGGGCUGUCCUAGUUGAUGUGAGAAUGUUUGAGCAGAGUUUGAAGAUAAUGGUCUAUGUUGAGGCUCUGUCACGUGAAACUGUCACAGAUAACAAAUAAAUGCCAUGGCUCUCCUCA